AUGAAGAUCCAGUGCGACGCGUGCGAGGGCGCGGCUGCCACGGUGGUGUGCUGCGCCGACGAGGCCGCGCUGUGCGCGCGCUGCGACGUCGAGAUCCACGCCGCCAACAAGCUCGCCAGCAAGCACCAGCGCCUCCCGCUCGAGGCGCUCUCUGCCAGGCUCCCCCGCUGCGACGUCUGCCAGGAGAAAGCGGCGUUCAUCUUCUGCGUGGAGGACCGGGCGCUCUUCUGCCGGGACUGCGACGAGCCCAUCCACGUCCCGGGCACGCUCUCCGGGAACCACCAGCGCUACCUGGCCACCGGCAUCCGCGUCGGCUUCGCCUCCGCCUCCGCCUGCAGCGACGCGUGCGACGCCCACGACUCCGACCACCACGCCCCGCCCAAGGCCACCGUCGAGCCGCCGCAGGCCGCCGUCUCCGCCGCGGCGCAGCAGGUGCCCUCGCCGCCGCAGUUCCUGCCGCAGGGCUGGGCCGUCGACGAGCUCCUGCAGUUCUCCGACUACGAGUCCAGCGACAAGCUGCACAAGGAGUCCCCGCUCGGGUUCAAGGAGCUGGAGUGGUUCGCCGACAUCGACCUCUUCCACGAGCAGGCGCCCAAGGCCGGCAGGACGUUGGCGGAGGUCCCGGAGCUUUUCGGAUCCCAGGCGGCGAACGAUGCCACGUACUACAGGACGGCCAAAGCCGCUGCCGGCGCCGGGGUGCGCCAGAGCAAGAAGGCCCGGAUCGAGGUCACCGACGACGAGGACUACCUCAUCGUCCCUGAUCUCGGUUAA